CAAGAAGUCUUAGGUAGUAAAACAUUAGUGCUAAUUAGUGUGUGUCCUAAUUAAAAGCACAAACAUUGUUAGUUCUGUCCUAGUAAGAUUGCCACCUCCGAGGAAUCAAAAAUCCAGCUUUUCCACAAGUGCUUUAACACGUCAAACAAACAGCACCUUCCACCAAAAGCCAGUGCCACGUGGAUAUUACUAUUAGCCAAGUGUUCCUGUUAAUCUCCAAAUAUUCCAACCAACACACACACACACACACAUAUAUAUAUUAAGGGGCUGUUUGUUUUAAUUUAAUGCAAGAAAAGCUGCAAGAAAUUAAUAAAUAAAAAAUGGAUGAAGAAAAACAAGAACUUGUGGGAAAAAAGCUGCAGCUGACAGUGGAUGAAGUGUUGGAAGGGUAUGUGGGGUCAUUUGGAUUCUCACAGCUUAUUCAGGUGCUUUUGGUUUCACUGGCUAGGAUAUUUGAUUCCCAAAGUACCCUUGUCACCAUUUUCACCGAUGCUCAGCCGAAGUCGUGGCGGUGCGUCUCGCCGGAGUGCGGUGGUGCAGCCACCGUUGGAGGUUCGGUUUGCGGGUUGAAGGCGGGGACUUGGGAGUGGAGCGGCGAGAAUUCGAGCUCCACGAUUGCGGAGUGGGGAUUGGUUUGUGACAGGAGAUUUCUUGCUGCUCUUCCUACUUCAGUCUACUUUCUUGGAUCUCUUAUAGGUUCCGCAGUUUUCGGACGAUUGGCCGAUGGAUCUUUUGGCAGGAAAAAAUCAGUGCUGAUUUCAUGCCUACUGACAUCAAUCACAAUCUUCCUCACUUCUCUCUCCCCAAACAUAUGGAUUUACUCUCUCCUCCGUUUCGCAAACGGAGUAUCCCGUGCCGGAAUCGGAAUAUGCUGUUUAGUCCUCUCUACGGAGGCCGUCGGUCGGAAAUGGCGUGGCCAGGUCAGCCAAUAUGGGUUUUUCUUCUUUGCGACGGGGUUUCUCUCGAUCCCAUUAAUUGCUUAUCCGACAAGAAAUUGUUGGAGAAAUUUGUACAAGAUUAUCUCGUUUCUCCCACUUGUCUAUUCAAUCUUUGUCCUAAUACCCUUUGUCUCGGAAUCUCCAAGGUGGCUUCUUGUGAGGGGUCGAAGCGAAGAAGCCCUCGAUGUUUUGAGAAAUUACGCAAGAAUCAAUGGAAAAGAAAUCCCACCAAAUAUCACCCUUCUAGAACCAUCUAAUAGUAAUAACGGGAAAAAAGACGAAAAUACCCUCUCACCUAUCGAGAAGCUCUGGACCACUAGAUGGGCUGUGAGAAGAAUGGCCCUGAUCAUGUUCACAGGCUUUGGGAUUGGUUUCAUGUAUUACGGGAUUCAACUCAACGUCGAGAAUCUCAGCUUCAACUUAUACUUUACGGUGGCAAUAAAUGCGACGAUGGAGAUUCCGGCGGUUUUCGUCGGCAGCUUUCUGCUCGGCACCACCAACCGCCGCCGCCUCUUCUCCACCUCAGCUUUCCUCGCCGGAGCUUUCUGCCUCUUCUGCAUUGUUUUCUCGACGGAGAAAAAUCGCGGCGGCGGGAGCUUGCCUCAGCUGACGAUGGAGGCCUUAGGGUUUAUGGCCGCUGCGACUGCUUUCAAUGUUUUGUACACAUACUGCGUGGAGCUUUUCCCGACGAAUGUGAGGAACUUUGCUGUGUCUAUGAUGAGACAAGCGUUGAUGUUGGGUGCUUCGAUUUCGCCUUUGCUCGUUGUGUAUGGGAGAUUGAGCCCUUCUCUGUCGUUCUUCGUGUUCGGAGUUUCGUCUGUUGUGAGUGGUUUGCUUAGUCUGUGGUUGCCUGAAACUAGGAAUGCUCCUCUGUACGAGACUUUGGAGCAACAAGAGGAAGAAGAAGGGUUGGAUCUUGCAUGUGUCGAAUUGGGGAAGAAUGUACAGGUGUCGUCUUCUUAGUGGAUCGUGUUUCUUCGGUUCUCCUUCGAACGGAAGAUUAAAGUAAUAAGUUGUUCAAUAUAGAAAUGCAAAAGAUACAUAGAUUUUGUUUUAUGCUUUUACUUGUUGAAAUUGUACAAAAGUUUGUUGAAAUAUUUGCUUUUAGAUUCUCUGUUCUGAGUUAUUGA